UUCCUCCCAGAAUUACGCGUUUAUUCAGGAUUAGGAGUCAAAACAGUGCGCGCGCGUUCUCUCGGACUAUAAAUAAAUACACAUCGACUCUCUUCGACUUCUUUUAAAGAGACAUAUUUAAUUGACAUCAUGGUUGAUGCAUUUUGCGCCACAUGGAAGCUGGUGGACAGUCAGAACUUUGACGAAUAUAUGAAAGCGCUUGGAGUUGGUUUUGCAAUAAGACAAAUUGGUAAUGUAACAAAACCGACCAUCAUCAUCAGCCAGGAAGGAGACAAAGUGGUGGUGAAAACGCAGAGCACCUUCAAGAAUACUGAAAUCUCCUUCAAGCUGGGAGAGGAAUUCGACGAAAGUACACCAGAUGACAGAAACUGCAAAUCUACUGUGAGCUUGGAUGGAGACAAAUUAGUGCAUGUGCAGAAGUGGGAUGGGAAAGAGACCAAGUUUGUCCGGGAGAUCAAAGAUGGCAAAAUGAUCAUGCACCUUACAUUUAAUGAUGUCCAGGCUGUACGCACAUAUGAAAAGGCAUGAGAUCUACCAAAACCAUCACUCCUUCACCUGCUUCAGUCCCAUUAACCAACUUAGAUUAACAAAUGUCUUAUCAUGUUUUAUUUUUACUAGAGGCAGGUAUACCUUGCCUAUACCUUAAAUGAGUUUUUUUUUAUUAUGAUGCAAAAUGUUUUCUUAAAUAAAACUUUUGUAUAAAUAGUAACUUUCCUAAGUACCUUUCAGACCAAUUUCAAAUGUAAAUUGUGUCUUACAAAAAUCAUCAUUGGUAAACCUUAACAGGAAGAAUUGAAAUAAAUUACACAAAUUUCCA